CUAUAGAGAGUCCUCAUAAGGAUAGCCGCACCAGUGUGUGUGUGUGUGUGUGUGUGUGUGUGUGUUCUGGAGGAGAGAGCGCGCGCUGAAUGCAGCCACGCAUCACGGUGAAUGUUCGUGAAAUGCUUCUCUCACUUUUCUGUGUAACUCCAUAGGGCAGUUUCUAUACGAAAUGAUGCCGGUGGCUUUAGAAACGUCGGAGUGACAUUGAAGAACACGCAUGUCUGGAGAUCCCUAACCGAACCUUCCUCUCCAGCCAGUACUAGCUCAUCUACAGUCAACAUCCGUACAUUGAGGACCUGUUACCAUUGGACUGGCACCAGUGACCAUUUCACCCCGGUGUGGAUACUUGUACUGACCGCAGUGGAUUUGCGUGAUUUCCAAUCGACCCACAUCGUUUUACUUUACUUGGAUGAGUUUUCGAUGUAUUUUGUUUUUCUUUGCUUUUUAAUCAUAGUAACGCAGUGUCAUUAGCACUUAAAUUCAGCAAAAACGGAUAAAUAAUGACUAUUUAAUGUCAAUCCGUACUUAAAAAAAUAAUAUAUUUUUAUUGUGUUUAUGAGAUGCGUAAAAAGGAAAAACACUGCACGUCCUAAAAUUCACGUAGGAUUGUCGAGUCCCGGUCACAUUCCCGUAAACAUCUAUGGAGUAAUGCAGCUUGCUUUGAACUUGCGUUGAGGAGGGUGCCUGGAUUAUUAUCUGAGGGACGGAGUGAGGAUGCAGUCGGGGAUGCGGGCGCUCUGUGCCGGCGGAGUCGCGUCUCUCUGCUGCCUGCUGAUGCUGUGGAUGAUCUACACCCACCUCCUUAAAGAAGGUCAGUUGGCAGUCGGCACAUGUGAGAUUGUGAUGUUGAAUAGAGACAGCAGUCAACCCAAGCGUACUAUCGCCAGGCAGACAGCCCGCUGUGCCUGCCGGAGAGGACAGAUCGCUGGCACCACGCGGGCCCGACCAGCGUGUGUGGACGCACGUAUAGUGAAAAGCAAGCAGUGGUGUGAGAUGACUCCAUGUUCAGAGGGCGAGAUUUGCGGCCUGCUCUUCAAUCGCUCUGGAUGGACCUGCACCAAAGGCGGCGGGCGCAUUAAAACCGUCACGCCUCUGCCCAAAGAGCCAUCUUAAAGGACUUCAGACUGCCAUGAGGAGGUUUGCUGACAUUCACAGGAACAACGAUGCCAAACAGGAAUUAUACAUCAGUCCCACACAUUUGUGUCCAUCCUCUCAUCUCGGAGCUAAAGAUAUCAGCCUCCCCACUCAUCGCCCUCAAAACAGGAAAUGGAAACCGUGUGCUAUGGUUACAGUCACUCAAGCAUCCAUACAGUUACAUACAGGUCAUUGAGUCCCAGUGGCAGCCAUCAGUUCUCGUUAACACAGCAGGAGACGUCUUGUGAACAUUUCUUUGCAAAACCUUGACAUCGUUCAACUCCGCUGUUUAGGUUUUCAGAUCUUUAUAAAGCUUACCGUAGCCAGGAGAACAUUUUUGCUUGCUUUCCAGUUAAGCCAACGGAGAAGACUGAUCAUGUACCUUUUAAACAAAGAUUCUACAUUAUCUACAAAGAGCAGUCUGUAAAAACUAUCUAGAUGGACCCGUAUGGGUGUAAUUCACAACCGCCACCUGUCUCUUCAGAGCAAAGAUGUGUCAGUGACAGGCCAAGGAUGUUAAAUGUACAGAAAAGAUGAACUUUUGGGUCUCUCUGUAUAGAUACAGUUGAAUUGCGGACAAAUUCAUCCGAUACAUUGAGAAAAUGGGACAAAGCAGCAGAUGACUAAUAUUUACUGUAGAUUUGACCUCUUGUGUCAUGUGCUUUGGCCAUAUGAAUUCUGUGCUGUGAGCUCUGUCUGAGAAUGGCAAUGCAUUGAUAGUGUCAACUCUUAUCAUGGGUGAUUUAAAGGUGAAAAAUGUUUGGAUGUCAUUUGUUCCUUCCUUUCUGGGACCUCUGUCUUACACUCUGCUUUAAAUGUCUGUCUCAAAUGGAUAUAUAUCAUUUCUAUCAAUACCUUAUUUUGACUGUAAACUGACACUUGCAAUGCAGUAUUGACCUAGAUAGGAAAUAAAGGGUGUGUCCAUGUAAAUCGUGCAUAACGCUUUGGGACGUUUCUCCAUGGGUCAUGCUGAUAUGCAAGACAACAUGAAGUCAGUUCACAUUAUUCUAAAGAAAUUUUUUUUGUAUAAUCUUUAUUCAAAAUGUAAUAACUUUCUCCACCUCUAAAAUGACUUGCUUUUUUGCUGAUGUAAUCAAGAUCGAAGGGGCGGGGGAAACUAAUACAUUCAAUAGCCAAUAAUAUCAUUGCAUAACUUUUCAUGAUCCAAUCUUACAUUAUUUCCCACUGAAUAUUUGGUUUUACUCGGAAAUAUGUUACAUUACGGAAGAUAAAUGUGUUGUAAAUUAUGCUUCAUGUUGUCUUUAAAAGGAACAUGACAUUGAAAUUGACCUUAAUUUACUUUCAUAUCAAAUGUCCCUAGUCUUAUUGUGCACAAGUCAUCAGAGCACAUUAUUACAAGAAAUAAAAAUGUUACUUGGUAAGCUGGUCGCCUACUUCAUGAUCCAAUCAAUUCCCGAUGGAUAAAAUCAAGCCCCACCCUACAUUAUUUCUCUCUAAAUUUUUUGUUCAAUUCAGAAACACGUCACAUUAUGGAACUUAAAUGCGAGUAAAUUGCGAAUGCAUUUUCGUGUUGUUUUUAAACGUGAUAACUUAAAAAGAAAGCUGUUCUUUUAUUUUGCUCUUUCUUUCCUCUAGUAUUAAAGACAACUUCCCCUCAAAAAGUACAUAGAUUCCAUUUUUAAUGAUGUGUUAUUUCUGUUCCACUAGCCAUCUCCAAACUGAUUUGCAAAAGUAAUUAGAUAGUCAAGACACACUUUGAUGUUGGCUUGACAAAGCCUGGCUUGAAUGUUUAAAAAUGUUUUGAACUUUAAGGUCUUUAACUUUGAAAGUUCACCAGACAUUCAGCCAGAUAGAUAGCUAGCUAGAAAGAAAGAAAGAAAGAAAGGCCUUGUGAAUGUUUGUUAAAUUUUGACAGUUUACAGAAUAAAGCACAACAGUUCUGGAAGUAAAAAAGCCAUUCAUUUUUUCCAUUGAAUAAUUGAUUUUA